CCCUUACUGAUAGCCAGUUCACUCUUGAUCAUCUGCUAAUGGUGAGAAGGAGGAAUUGAACUUCUGAUGAAUACUGCAGAAUGUUCAUGAAGCUGUGUGUGCUCCAGAUGAGAGAGGAUAGCUACUUCCUUGGCCAUAGCUGUGUACAACAUCAGUUUGAGAUGCCUUUCAAUUCAGGACAUUGAAAUGACUCAUAAUAUGGAAGAAUGGACCUCUAAGGCUGCGAAGCAUGAGCUCUAGCAAGAAGAAAAACUCAGUCAAAAGGUGGAAGGUUUCUGCAUCCGUAGUUUCCUUUCCUCUCCUCCAUUGACUCUAUGAUGAACUUGUUUUCUUGAGAUGCAGUUUUACUACUGUGGCUAGAUACAUAAGAGAUUUCCAGUGACUGAGGAUGUAUCGCAUUAUUACUUCUCUCAAUCCAAAGAAGUUGCUCUAUCAGCAAAAAAUGGAAUUGGCUGAGGUGGGAAAAUCAGAUUAAAUAAAAACCCUCAAUAUAAUUCGGUGUGAUAAUCAUAUAGUUUUGUUUUAUUUCUACAGUUUUACACUAUGUUGCAAUCUGAAUGCAGUGGGUGCAGCAAACUUGCUUCUAUAGUUUGAGGACCAGUAGGACCUACAGAGAGAGAGAGAGCUACUGAUGAAGUGAAGAACUGAAAAAUAAUAGCCCAAAGCAUUGAAUAUUUAUGAACUUCACUUUUAGAAGACACUUCACCAUUCCUGUACGUCAAAAGAAAAAUACUUGUGGAUGAUUGAGUAUUUGAAGGUUGAGGACAUAUAUAUUUGUUAUAUUCAACUAACCCAAGGUGCAAAAAUCCCAAAGCAGUUCAGAUGUUGCUGUUUUCUAAAGCUGCAGGUCUAUGGAAAUGCAGGAUCUAGCCAGCCCGCAUAGCCGACUGAGUGGUAGUAGUGAAUCCCCCAAUGGUCCAAAACUUGAUAACUCUCAUAUAAAUAAUAAUUCCAUGACACCCAAUGGCACAGAAGGUGACAUGACUCUGCUCAUCACUGCAGACUGGUUGCUAAGUACUAGUACACAGACCACUGCAGUUAAAACAGAACCAAUGAGCAGCAGUGAGAUUGCUACGACUACAGCAGACGAGUCUUUAGACAAUUUCUCAGGAUCAGUAAUUGGAAGCAGUGGCUUCAGCCCAAGACAAACUCAUCAGUUCUCCCCACCACAGAUUUAUCCUUCCAAAUCAUACCCACAUAUUCUUCCUACCCCUUCCUCACAAACUAUGGCUGCAUAUGGGCAGACGCAGUUUACAACAGGAAUGCAGCAAGCUACAGCUUAUGCCACAUACCCACAGCCAGGCCAGCCCUAUGGAAUCCCUUCAUAUGGUGCAUUGUGGGCAGGCAUCAAGACAGAAGGUGGAUUGUCACAAUCACAGUCUCCUGGACAGACAGGAUUUCUAAGCUAUGGGACAAGCUUUAGCACGCCUCAGCCAGGACAGGCACCAUAUAGCUACCAAAUGCAAGGGAGCAGCUUUACAACAUCAUCAGGAAUAUAUACAGGAAAUAAUUCACUCACAAACUCUACUGGAUUUAAUAGUUCACAGCAGGAAUAUCCAUCUUAUCCUAGUUUUGGCCAGGGUCAAUAUGCACAGUAUUAUAAUAGUUCACCCUACCCGUCACAUUAUAUGACAAGCAGCAACACCAGCCCAACACCACCUUCCACUAAUGCAACAUACCAGCUUCAAGAACCACCAUCUGGCGUCACCAGUCAAGCAGUUACAGAUCCUGCAGCAGCGGAGUACAGUACAAUCCACAGUCCAUCAACGCCCAUUAAAGAUUCUGAUUCAGAUAGAUUGCGUCGCAGUUCCGAUGGAAAAUCACGUGGGCGAGGCAGAAGAAAUAAUAACCCUUCACCACUGCCUGACUCUGACCUGGAGAGAGUAUUCAUUUGGGAUUUGGAUGAGACAAUCAUCGUUUUUCAUUCCUUGCUUACAGGGUCCUAUGCUAACAGAUAUGGGAGGGAUCCACCUACUUCAGUUUCACUUGGACUACGAAUGGAGGAGAUGAUUUUCAAUUUGGCAGACACACACCUGUUCUUUAAUGAUUUAGAAGAAUGCGACCAGGUUCAUAUAGAUGAUGUGUCUUCAGAUGACAACGGCCAAGACUUAAGCACCUAUAACUUCGGAACAGACGGCUUUCCUGCAGCAGCCACCAGCGCUAAUUUAUGCCUAGCAACGGGUGUGCGUGGAGGAGUGGACUGGAUGAGAAAAUUGGCCUUCCGUUACAGACGCGUAAAAGAAAUCUACAACACCUACAAAAAUAAUGUUGGAGGUCUUCUUGGUCCCGCAAAGAGAGAAGCUUGGUUGCAACUUAGAGCAGAAAUUGAAGCUCUUACAGAUUCUUGGUUAACACUUGCACUGAAAGCACUCACACUUAUUCAUUCUAGGACAAACUGUGUGAAUAUUCUAGUAACAACUACUCAACUUAUUCCAGCUCUGGCAAAAGUCUUGUUGUAUGGAUUAGGGGUUGUAUUUCCAAUAGAAAAUAUUUACAGUGCAACUAAAAUAGGAAAGGAAAGUUGUUUUGAGCGAAUAAUUCAAAGAUUUGGAAGAAAAGUAGUGUAUGUUGUUAUAGGUGAUGGCGUGGAAGAAGAACAAGGAGCAAAAAAGCAUGCCAUGCCAUUUUGGAGGAUCUCAAGCCACUCUGACCUUAUGGCCCUUCAUCAUGCCUUGGAACUGGAGUACUUGUAGCAGCUUAGCAGCACUUUGAAACCCCAGAACCUCCCUUAUGCCCAUGGACAGUAUGCCUGUGUCUUGUGUCAGCAUUGGACUACAGAAUUUUGUGAUUUCAACAUGUUGAUGUACAGCUGCAAUUGGUCUUAACUUUUGCCCUUUCAGUAAAUGGAGGAGCAUGCCUUUUUCUUCAGAACAGCUGUUGACUCUAGUAUUGCGAAUCCAAUGAAAACAAGCCAUGAGAAUGUUUUAACAGCGCAUUUUACCACAUUUGAUACAAAAAAACAAAAGGUUCAUACCUGUGAAGAAAGAAAGGACCUGCAAAUGCUUUGUAGUUUUUAGAAUCUUCAAUGUGACACACACAGCUUCUUCAACACAGUAAACUUGAUUGCACAAUGAAGACUGAAUUUUUCAAAAUACCAGUGGAGUAAUUUUCUUGUAAAGAAGGUUUACUUUUUUGGUUUCUCAUACCCAGGGUACUCUGUACAUCUUUACUUAUUUAUGAACAGACUGUGUUUUGACAUCAUAUAACUGAGGAUACAUAUGAUAGGAUUAAAGGCUAUUUAUAAGCCUUUGUCUCAUGAUACAGCAAACACUUUUGAUUUUAGCACAUUGCAAAGUAGUCUAAAGUAUGUCUAAUUUAAACAAAUAGGUACAUCACUGAGACAAUCAUGUACAGGAAGAAUUUUUUGUGUAAAUUUGUAAUAAUGGAUGAUUCUUUUACAUAUUGGUUAAGUAAAUGCUAUUGAGAGGUAGUAAUGCCUUGUUGAUGAAGUCUGAGGCAAUGUGUACACAGCUAUUGUGCAGUGCCUUAUCAGAGUGUUGGGUAUAAAUAUGUAGAUAAUGGAUUUUUUAGAUAAAUUUGUCAAGACCAAAAGCAUGGAUGUCAAGUGUCAAUAAGGAAUUUGUUGUUGUUUUUCAGCUAUUUUCUCUUUUUCCCCCUCAGCUAUUCUGACUAUAAAAUGAUGGUUACCAUGUGUCCCCAUUAAACACAUACACAGAGCUACACAACUUAAUUGAAGAGGAGUUCCUUACUGUCUUUCAUUUUCUGUUUUAAUGCUCAUGUAUUAAAUCUCCUUAAAAAAUUGAAUAAUGAACCAACAAACUCCUUCCAUAAAAAGAAGUUACAGAAUAGAAAAUAAUUAUACAAGGGGUAUUUGAGUUGGAGACUAACAAAUCAAAGUUUUCAUGUUGUCAGAAAAUCAAAAAUUACAGCAUGUGCUUUGUUUCACGUAAGUUAGAAAAGAGUAUUUUGGAGAAACUGAGCAAAACAUAAUUAUAUGCAGUGUACCCGCUUCAGUUUUUUUAAUUCUCUUCCACCAGGAGUCAGAUUUUCCUAGUGUGUAACAUCCAUUGCUGGCAAUGGACACAAUGAAAUAGUUGUCACCAAGGAUGUAAAAUAUCCAUAGUCUAUAUUAAUUUCUGUUAUCAACGUAAACUCUGUCUGAUCUAUGAGUUGUGACUUUUUUAAAUCUUACAGGCCAUGAGCAAUGUGGUCAGUUAAACUGAGUCUGACAUCUUGGCCUGAAUUGUACCAGUUCCCUUUCCCUGAUUUCCAUCUUUUCAUUAAAAAGAAACCUCAGCUUUGUUGGUUCAUUCUUCAAAAUUUUACUCCCCGUUUCCUCCCACCCCACCCCCCAAAAAACAACACCAGCCUUUUAAACAGCUACCUGCAAAGCACCAAAGUAGCUGUGAAGCAACACCCUCCUGUGUUGGAGUAUUCAUAUUGCUGCUAGUUAAUCAUUUGUGGAUUUUCCAAAUUGCUUAAUUACCAACUAAGGCCCCUGUCUCGCUAAGACUUACACAUGUGCUUCAUUUUACACAUUAGUGUGAGUAGUUCUAACAAAGUCAAGGGAAUUACUCACAGUGCAUAAAGUUUAAGCACAUGGUGUGUCGUUCUUUUAGGAUUGGGGCUAUUAUAAUUAGAUUUUUUUUCCUUUGCUUCAAGCAAAGUAGAGAGUGACAGUUUUUUGUCUUUUCAAUUUUUGUAGUCGUUUUGCAGACUGAAAAAAAAACAGUUUAUCUUGGCCUUAUUGUACAAAAAAGUGUGUUGUGUCCACAAUUGUGUACAGAAUUUUUCUUCAUUAAUUUUGUGUUUUAAAUUAAUAAAAUUGAUUUGUGAACUAGUAAACCA